AUGGUUUUGCUUAGAUUGUUUAUUCCAUCUUCUGACUGCCGAAGACAUUGCUUAAAUGGAGGAAAAUGUUUAAAGCGGGAGACUAAAGACACAUGCAGUUGUCCAAAGGGUUUUGAAGGACAACAAUGUGAAUUCGAUAUUACCAAACCUUACUGUUCAAAAGGCUGUGAAAAUGGUGGAAGCUGUACAAAACACGAAUUAUGCACGUGUCCGAAAGGAUUCGCAGGUAGACGCUGCGAAAUAGACAUCGAUGAAUGCAAAGAACAGAAACCCUGUGAUCAAAUAUGCUACAACACUCUAGGAAGUUUUACUUGCCAGUGCAAAGAAGACUUUGUGCUCCAAAAAGACGGACAAACUUGUAGGAAAGAAGAUGAUAAUGAUGGAGGCAUAGAAGCAAAAGACUUAGAAUUCGAAAUGUGGAUAAGCGAUUAUUGA